AUGUAUCCACAACAACUUUCUGAAAUUGCAUCUUCACCGCCACCACCACCAUAUUCAAAUCAAACUGGCUUUAAUUCAUUACAGCCAACAAGUGGUCCAGUCAGUAGUGAGGAGCGUUUAAGAAAAUUUCAAUAUUUAGUCAAUCGAUAUGAAAUCAAUCGAGACUUUGCAACACGACUGCGAGCAUUGGAAGGAUAUGAAAUAGUAUUUAUUGUUGAUGAUUCCGGAUCCAUGAAUACACCAUUAGGUGAUCUUGCUGGUCCAUACGAUCGUAAUCCAACACGAUGGGAUGAACUUCGGCAAACAGUUUCAAUCGUAGUUGAUAUUGCUUCUCUUUUUGAUCCCGAUGGUAUUGAUAUUUUCUUUUUAAAUCGUGAGCCGAUGCGUCAUGUAAAAAGUUCAGAUGAACUUGUGGCUGUAUUUACCGUACAACCACAAGGUCCAACACCAAUUCUUCGCGUACUUCGACAUGUUUUACGAGAAAAACAACUUGAAAUACAAGAACGUAAACUACUAAUUUUGAUUGCUACAGAUGGCGUGCCAACAAAUGAAAAUGGCCAACAGGAUACAAAAUCAUUGGAACAUGCACUUCGUCAUGAACGAAAUCCAAUUAAUCGCAUUCCAGUAACAAUAAUUGCUUGCACAGAUGAUUAUGAAUGUAUUGGAUAUUUAAAUCGUUGGGAUAAAAAAAUUCCAAAUCUUGAUGUUGCCGAUGAUUAUAAAUCAGAAAGACAAGAAAUUCAAAAGGUUCAAGGAAAAGAUUUUCCAUUUAGUUUCGGCGAUUAUGUUGUUAAAGUUUUGAUGGGUGCUGUCGACAGUUGGUUUGAUACACUUGAUGAACGUCGGGUGACUACAAGCGGUCCUACAGGUCGACGAACGAGUAAAGCAAAAAGCAAGAGUGCGUGUACAAUCCUGUAA